AUGCACAACUGCGGCUUCGGUGUGCCGAAUGCGGGCAGGGCCGAUGGCGAGGCCUGGGGCGUUGCACGACCCUGGGCCUCCUGCGACGCACAGCUCCUGGCGGCAGUGCACACGAAGAAGGAGUGGGACGAGGCCAUGCGAUCUUCCGGCCAAUGGCAGCAGGCGCUGAGCCUCUACUGGCAGGGAGUGGGCCAAAGGAUCCAGACAGAUGCGAUGUCGGUGACCUCCAUCAUGAAGACCUUGGCCCGCUACGAGCAGUGGCAGCAGGCGAUGUGUGUCUUCUCGGAGCUUUCGCAAAGAUCUGUCCAGAGGAAUGUCGUCGUCUUCAGCACGGCGGUGGUCGCCUGUUCCAAGGGCCGACGCUGGGAUCAGGCCCUGGCGGUGCUUCAGAGCAUGGCGAAGGAGUCGGUGCGAGGAGACCUGGUGAUUUGGAAUUCCGCCAUCAGCGCCUGCGAGCGUGCUUCUGCCUGGUCCCGAGCUGUGCAGCUGCUGGUGGCGCUUCCCCAGAGGUCGCUGCAAGGGGACAUCAUCUCGCAUAACUCUGCCAUCAGCGCGUGCAGCAAGGCGGAGCAGUGGAGCCUGGCCCUCUCGGUCCUUGCAGGUCUCGACGCGGUGUCCCUGCAAGGCACCAUUGUCACCUUCGGAGCAGCUUUGGACGCUUGCGCCCGGGCAGGUGCUUGGCAACAGGCUCUGCUGCUCUGUGCCGAGCUCCCCGCCAGAGGUCUGCAGCCCAAUGCGGUAACCGAGGACCGCGCGGUGCGCGCGUUCUCCAAGGCCUCCCUGUGGCAAAAUGUCCUGGAGGUCUUCUGGACGGCCUCCAAAGCCCAGCGGGGGACUGCCCGCCUCUACAACGCGGCGAUCACUGCGUACGGCCGGGGGCAGCACUGGCGGAAUGCCCUCUCCUUAUUCGAGGACAUGGUGGGCCACACGAUCCCUCGCGACGUGGUGACCUUCUGCGCGGCACUCGCGGCCUGCGAUAAGGCGGGGAACUGGGAGAAGGCGGAGCUGCUCCUGGCGCAGGCCGAAAGGUGCACACGCCUGGACGUCGAGAUCUACAACGCCGCCAUCAGCGCCUACGGCAAGGCCCUCGCGUGGCAGAGGGUGGCUUUGGUGCUUUUCGACACCAUGGAGCAGCGGCAGCUGCGCAGCAACGACGUGACACGAGCCGUCUUAGUGCGAGCCUGCGCGCUGGGUGGUUUCUGGCAGAAGGGGCUGUCUCUGCUUGCUGAUGUCGGGACGGAGGCGCGCUUCGUGGGCAUUGACACCUACACGGCUGUGCUCAGUGCCUGUGGUACCAGCACCCAGUGGCAGCAGGCUGCGCUGGUCUUCGAGGACCUGGAGCAAACAGGCCUGCCCCUGGACCUGCCCGCCCGCACGGCUGCCGCCGCGGCGUGCGAGACCUCGGAGUUCUGGGCUCGAGCCAUGGGUCUUCUGGAGGAGCUGCAGGGCGAGAACUUGGAGGCCGACGUGCUCGCGUACAACGUGGCUAUCCGCGCAGCAGCGAGUGGCGAUCUUUGGCAGGUGGCUGUCUCUUUGCUAGUGUCGGUGGAGGAAGACUUGCGCAGCAGCGUGAUCACCUACAAUUCGGCCCUGAGAUCCUGCGUGUCGAGCGGCCAAUGGCAAGUGGCUCUUCUACUCCUUGCCAGGUGCCUGAGCCGGGCGCUGCCGGCGGAUGUGGUCACCUACGGCCUGGCCAUGAGCUCAUGCGAGAAGGGUGGGCAGUGGUCUCACGCCCUCGGCCUUUUCUGGAACCUGGAGAAGGCGCGCCUGGCCUUGGAUGCCAAGACUUGUACCACAGCGAUGGCUGCUUGCACGAAUGGCGGAAAGUGGCAAAGCACCCUGGAGGUUUUUGCGUCCAUGGAAGGCCAGUCUCUGCAGCGGGGCGUCGUUUCUUACACAGCCGCCAUCAAUGCCUGCGGCAUGGGUGGGCUCUGGGAAGAGGCCCUCCAACAUUUGCGAGAGAUGGGCUCCAGGAAGGUUUCCGGGAACCUGAUCUGCUGCUCUGCCGCUGCCUCCGCCUGCGAGAAGCGAGGGCGCUGGCAGCAUGUCCUUGAACUGCUUCAGGAUGUGAAUCUCCAGCGUUGGGAGCCUGAUGCCGCUCUCUACAACUUGGCCAUCAACGCCUGCGAGCAGGGGUCCAAGUGGCAGUAUUCCCUGCUUUUCUUUGGCGAGUUGGAGAAGGUCCGUUCCCUGCAACCGCCGAGCUAG